AAUGACACUAAUGACAGCUAUUAUUGAACGAAACUGGCAGGCAAGAGUACUUGUUUGUACUUUGGUUUUCUUUACUAGUUUUUUAGUGAUAUUCUUAAUAUAAAAUGAAUGCAACAGAGGAGAUAUUUAUGAUAAGUGCUCUUCCGAGCUCUAGUCAACCAUCGACUUCUACACAAAAACUGGGCGAGCUGGUAUUGUCAGGCGGCCCGCAAGUUAACCUUGAAAAUGUGAAAGACUUCUCCCAUGUGUGUCGGACAUGUGCCACUAUCACCGAGUUUGUGAUCCCAAUAUUUUCUGGAGAGGGCCUGCAGAACAACCUGGCUGACAAGAUACACAAACACUUACCUAUACAGGUGUGUGUGGAGGACGCCCUGCCGGUGGUGCUGUGCUACCAGUGCAGCAGCACCCUGCUGGCGUGGCACGAGCUGGUGCAGUGCUGUCUGCACGCCGACACCGCACUGCGCGCCACACUCGCCACGCACCUGCUGCAGGAACCAAAAACAACAAAUGUCACGUCAAACUCCAUAGAAAAUGAAGCACAGCCCAAGUCGUUAUACACUAUCGUCAACAGUGUUCUCGUUGACUACUUCCAUAACGUUGUGGAAGAAGAUGAUGUGGAGUUUGUUUGCCAGAAGUGUGUGGAGCAGCCGAGGUUGCCGACAGUGCGCAGCCUGGCCGAGCACUUACUGCACGCGCACUCCCCGCCCGGGGACGCGCACACACGCGACUCUGUCAACACCUUCAUCACUGAUAACAUCACGUUCGAACAAGCGCUAGUGACUAACGAUUCCGACACAGAGAUACAGGCGAGUGCAGAGAAGUCGAAACCAGACACAGACAAGAACAACAAAAAGGUAUCGGACGCUGCCGCAGCCACCCUGUACUGCCCGUACUGCACCGCCGUGUUCUCGAGCGCCACGCGGCUCGUGCACCACCUCAACAAGCACGUCCAGGUCAGCAUGGCGGCCGGGGUGCUGUGCUGCGACCUGCUCUACCACGACAAGAAACUCUUCGUCAAACACUUGCAGGAAGCACACAUCGACCGAGACGAUGCGACACGAGAGGCGCUAACCCAGGUCACUUGUGGCAGUUGUGGUUUCAUCACUGAUCACGUCGACAAAUUAAAAGAACACUGCAAAAGUACGCAUGAAAAGGUAAAAAAUAAAAAAGUAAAGAAAGUAGAGAAUCCAGACAACCAGAAACUGAUCCCAGCGGUGUGUCCCGAGUGCAACAAGACGUUCUCGAACAAGUACAACAUGUUCGUGCACAUGCGCUGCCACUCCGCCGCCAAGCUGUACGCGUGCGACGUCUGCUCCAAGACGUACAGCUCGCAGGCCAACCUCAACACGCACAAGAAGGUGGUGCACCAAGGGAAGCUGGACUUCACGUGCUCCGUCUGCAAGGACGCCUUCGGCACGCGCCUCGAGCGCGACGUGCACGCGCGCAUACACACCGGGGAGACUCCGUUCAAGUGCGAGCACUGCGGCAAGGCCUACCGCGCCAAGAACACGCUCAACCGACACAUGGAGAUCCAUUUAGGCAUAAAGAAACACGAAUGCGGCAUCUGCUCCAAAAAGUUUCGGAGGAAGAGUCACCUGGACCGGCACAUAGAGACGCACAUGAAGUAACGGAGCAUUAUUUGUUUCAGGAGCCCCAGCUUCUCUUACGAAGAGCCCGCGCACACGGACCGACUGUCCGCGCAGUCCGAUGACGAGCCGCUGGCCACGCUCGCCACCAGAAAGCCCGCACGACUGUAUAAACGUUUCUAUAGAGCCCUCGUCAAUUUCAGAAACCAUUUUGUCAGUGACCACCAAGAAGAGUGUCCUGAUUCCACGGAAUCUAGUGUUUCUGAGGUCGAAGAUAAUGAUGUGGAUAGAUUCGAUGACUUGACACAGUGUAACAUGAGGAGAGACAGACUCGACGAGGCGACCAGAUUAGAACUAAACGAAGUCCAAAAUAAAAUUAACGACAAAACAUACUACACGUGCAAGAUAUGUAGUAAGAACCUGAGCUCUGCGCACACAUACUUGUUCCACAAACGUAUACACACGGGCGAGCGGCCGUGCGUGUGCCAUAUCUGUGGCAAACAGUUCCGGGCACCCAACGGACUGCAGCGGCACCUCACGGAAACACACGAGCGCGUUCGCAGAUACAACUGUAGCUUAUGUCCUAAGAAUUUUGCCAACUCGCAGAAUCUCAAGCAGCACUUGCGAAUACACACAGGAGAGAAACCGUUCGAGUGUUCCCACUGUGGGAAGCGGUUCACCCAGAGCGGCUCAUUGCACGUGCACCUGAAGACACACAGCGGACAGUUCCCGUUCCAGUGCGCCGAGUGCGGCGCCAAGUUCCGGCUGCGCUCCGGCCUGGCCCGGCACCGCCUCAAGCACACCGGCGAGCGCCCGCACGUCUGCCCGCACUGCGGCAAGGCCUUCCGCCAGCGACACGAGCUCUACAGCCACGCCCUGGCGCACUCCGACGCCAAGCCCUUCUCCUGCACGCUCUGCGGCCUCGCCUUCCGCCAGCGCCGGGCGCUGCGCCACCACGCCAAGCGGGUGCACGCCGCCGACGCCUCCCUCGCGCACGUCGUCUACGACCCCGUCGGACACUACUAGAUCCUAAUGUGCAUUGUCAACUAUUUCAGUAUCAAUACACUUGAUCCCGUGCUUUGCAUUUCCAGAGAUGUCACAUCGGAAGAGGCAGUUCGAGAAGAUAGUAAAUGUAAAGUCAACGAGAUAACUGAGAAACCAGAAUUUACUA